UCCUCCUUCCAAAUACUCCGGCGGAAAAAGCGCAAUUUCAUGUGCUCUACGUUUCCUGUUUCUGUAUAUAUGUGAUUUACUCUGUUGCCUUAGUUCUCUCUCUCUCUCUCUCUCUCUCUCUCUCUCUUGCCUACCUGAUUGUUCUCGUUUUACAUCUGGAAGAUGGGGAAUUGCUUGACAAGUAACAAGAUUGUAGCACAAAACGACCAGCCUGAGCCACAAGGCUGCCGAGCAGAAGUCAUCGAAGAGACAGGAAAAGUUACAGCUUCCAAGUUGGAAGGAGCCGAGGUUGCUGCUGAUGGGGGUGAGAAGAUUAAGAAGAAGAAGAUGGUGAGAUUCAAAUUAAACGAAGAAAGCAAUGCUGAUAGAGGGAGACAAGCUGAGUCCAAAGAUGGGGUUGUGAGAAUAAGACUCGUUGUGACACAGAAAGAGUUGAAGCAGAUUUUAAGUUCCAGGAAAGAUUUGAAGCACACUUCAGCGGAGGGAUUGAUAAGAGUUAUGAAAUUGAGAGGCAUCAGGAUUUCUGAGGGUGGAAGAACAAGUGAUGAUGAUGGCUUUCAUGGAGGUUGGAGGCCGGCAUUGGAGAGUAUUCCAGAGGAACAUUAACAAAUAAUAUCUGUAACUUUAGUUUUGUCCUGAUUAACUCAUCUCUCUGAUUGUAAAAAAACCUUUGAUUUUACCUUUGUGAGACUGCAAUUUUAGAUGUCGUUGCUUCUUGUUUUCAGUCACUGAUCAGGUUGAUCGGACCCCUUUUUUAUGUGGAUCCUUAGUUGAAUUAAUGAAAAUCUUUCUGUCA